GCAGGGAGGCUUUCUCGCCCGCUGAAAAGGAAAGAAAGAAAAGGAAAGAAAGGAAAGAAAGAAAAGGAAAGGAAAGAAAAGGAAAGAAAAGGAAAGAAAGGGAAGAAAGGAAAAGAAAGAAAAGGAAAGAAAGGAAAGAAAGAAAAGGAAAGAAAAGGAAAGAAAGGAAAGAAAGGAAAAGAAAGAAAAGGAAAGAAAGAGAGAAAAGGAAAGAAAGAAAAGUGCCAGUCCUCCAUCUGGGAUUGAGGAGGAAGCUGCUGAAAAUGGUGUUCCUAAGCCAGUAACAUAAGGCUUUGGAAUUCAGUCGCUUCCGUAUUUAAAAUCUGUAGAUUUCUAGCUAAGAAGAAAGUCUACAUUCAGCUAGACUUUGGAGUAUCCUGCACAAUCUCGCUGUCAGAAAGUGACUGAAACUGAAUAUGAUAGUGACAGUGAUGAUGAUGAGGAUGAUGUUCAUGUCACUAUCGGAGACAUUAUAACGGGAGCACCACAAUAUGGCCCCGGUAGUGAAGAUUCUUCUAUCUCACCAUGGAGCCCUUAAACCUUGUGUAAGAGAUUACUAAGACGUUACAGGAGUUACGGAAAAGCACCAGUGAAUCUUAAUAUCAAGACAGGAGGAAGAGUUUAUGGAACUACAGGAACAAAAGUCAAAGGGGUAGAGCUCGAUGCACCUAGAAGUAUUAAUGGAGUUCCACUCUUGGAGGUAGAUUUGGAUUCUUUUGAAGAUAAACCAUGGUGUGAACCUGGCGCUGACCUUUCUGAUUAUUUUAAUUAUGGGUUUAACGAAGAUACCUGGAACGCUUACUGUGAAAAACAAAAAAGGAUACGAAUGGGGCUUGAAGUUAUAGCAGUUACCUCAAUUACAAAUAUAUUUAUGGUUCGUCUCAGCAGACAUAAAGCAGUUCGACAUUCUACACUUGCCCUAAACAGCUCCCAGUGCCAGGAACUGGCAAACUAAUAUUUUGGUUUCAGUGGAUGGUCUAAAAGGAUUGUCAAGCUUCAGUAUCUUUCUGAACUUGAAGAAAGGGAAAAUGAAGAUAUUGUGGCACCACUUCAGACGCAAAGUGUGAAGAUCUUCUGUGCUUUAGAGGUGGUUUUGUCGUCCUUUGGCAAGAGCCCUGGAGUUGGCAGAGCCGAGGAGACUUUGGAUAAACUGGAAGGUCUCUGUGGGGACUGGAAUGGGGGUGUGGGACCAUUAUCUUUCCUUAUGAAAAGGAAGACGACUCAGAAGUUUGCUAUUCAAAAGACCGUGUCAGAUGCAUUUCAGAAACUGCUCAUUGUGGUUUAGAAAGUGGUAAAGUAGCUGUGGAAUAUCGGCCUUUUGAGGAGCUCACUGAUGCCAGAACCGAAGGACUACAUGAUUUAAUUCAAAGAUUUCCAAGGAAACUCUAUUUCUUCCAUUGAUGGAAAUACAUGGAAGACAUACCCUUGGGUUGAGAAACUUUUUUGGGGUCUGGCCAAAGGCACAGCAGCAAUUUUGGGGUAUCUGGAAGUCUGAAGGCGCCAUCAGGUUGCUGAUGCACUCGACUCACAGAAUACUCAGUGACAAUUCUUUGGCAGAAUUACGUAAGGAUUCAUUUGAAGCCCUUCCAAACCUCAAGUACUUAGAUUUAUCCUGCAAUAAAAUACAGUUUAUUGAAAGGCGGACAUUUGAAGCAGUACCGUAUUUGCAAUCUGUGAAUCUUAGUUGCAAUUUAAUCACCGAACUGAGCUUUGGAACGUUUCAGUCCUGGCAUGAAAUGCAGUUUUUACACAAAAUAAUUCUCAGCCAUAAUCCCCUAACAGCUAUUGAAGAUUCCUAUCUUUUUAAAUUGCCAGCAUUAAAAUAUCUAGACAUGGGAGCAACACAAGUGACACUUGCAGCAGUUCAAAACAUCCUCAUGAUGAAUCUUAAGCUAGAAAAACUGAUCUUACCUAACCAUCUAACCUGCUGCCUCUGCCAAUUUAAAAAUAAUAUUGACGUUGUCUACAAGACAGUCAAACUACGUUGUGACAGUGAAUGUCUUACCAGUAGUACACCCUGCGGUGAAGAACAAUACGUCAGUAAUAUGGACGGGGAAUUCAUGAAGGCUUUACAGGCCCGAAAGAAGAGUACCAGCACCGAGCUGACGAUUGAACCAGAGAAGGCCUCAUCCGAGAGAAACAGCCUGUCCUUUUUCCAUCAUGAACAGCUAGACAAUAGUCAUCAGCGUGAUAUGCUUACUAGACUAGAUUCCAUAAUGUCUUUGUUACAGGUUGGGGACAUAGAUGCAGAACCAACAUUGUUAUCCUUCAUUAAGUUUCUUUUUAAAGAUGUGCAAGAUGGAGGAAAUCCUCUGGCUCCUUCGAAAACCAGCACGGCUUGGAUUUCUAUACAGCCCGAAUCCAACAGUGAAAUCUACAAUAAGGUGAAAAAAAUCCAUGUUCUCCAAAGUCUAAUCAACACAGAAAUUCAAGAAAAAGUCCACAAAGUUAGAAAGAAGGAGAAAACUGCCACGCAGGUCCAUUCCAGUCUUUUCGGGCCCAAAUUUAAACGCCAUUUUUUUCCAAAGAAAUUGGAAACUGUCGGGCCACCAAAGAAAAAACACUUAGGAAAUGUUCAGGAGUGGGAGACGCAACCACUGCAAGGGAGCAGCGUGCUCAAGGAUCCCGGGGGCCUGCAGAAGAGUUACUUCAAAGAAGAGGGCACUCCCCUCAGCCAGAGGCGAGGGAAGGCUUGGUCCAUGGCGGGGAACAUUGCCCAAGAAAGACGGCACAGGCAGCUGGCCCCGGAAAGACAGAAAGACUUUAUCUUGGCAGGGAGGCCCAGGAAAUUGGUGGAAAGCUCCUUCAACGAGGAGUCAUCCUUCAUCCAGGAGCACAGGGCGCCGGCCUCCGUGCCCCUGGAACAGCACUCCAUGGGCAGCCCGUCUGCCGCCGCUGCUUUCCAAGUGCCACUGGAGGACGAAAUCCCAUCCAAAGACCUGAAAAGAACUCUACGCGUCUUAGAGGAUGCGGGCGCUCGAGUUCGGAACAUGAAGGUUCCCAGCCCCAUGUCACACACCGGGAAGAACUACCAGUUUCGUAAACUUGACUCUCAGCUGGGCCGCAGAAUACCCCAGGCCAGAGUGAACACAGCGACAAAAGAAGCAGCACCGCAGAGGCCGGUGCUGGCCAGGAGGCCUCCUUUCGGUGCAGUGAAGCGCCUCGUCAACUCCCCGCCGAGGGGGGGGUCUCUGUCCUGGAGACACCAGGACAAACCUGUCACGGAGCCAUUCCUUUCAUUGCGCUCCAGCCGGGAAAAGAAGACCGCGGAGAGCACGCGUGCUCCAAACGGGGGGGAUGCCAGAAGCAUCGUGCCGCCAGAGAAAACUGCCGGUAUCCAAAGCACUGCCCCUGAGGAGGAAGAGGGGAUGGAGGACAGCCUCAUGCCGGCUGUCAGACAGCCCAACGAGAUGCAGUGGGAAUAUCACAAGGUGGCCACCGACAUCGACUCCCCCCCACAGAAACCCGACCCCAGAGACGAACUUGAGAUGCAGCUCAUCCAGAAGUUGCGGCCCCUUAUCCCCAACAGUAAUGUGAGGAAGUUCAUUGCCCAAGUAAUUCGGACUCUGAAAAUGGACUGCUCCGAUCCCCGGGUGCAACUGGAGUGUGCCAAGGUGGUCCACAAAACCGGGCUCCUGAUGAAGCUUCUUAGUGAGCGGCAGGACGUAAAGGUGUCCAGUGAAAAAUGGGAUACGGACCAGUGGGAGGCUGAGAACUACAUCAGUGAGAAUACCGAAGGCCAGGGUGAUCAGAAACAGCAGGAGGCAAGUGAGCUCAUAAAAGUUCCAGGAUAUGUUGUGUACCACAAUCAAAAAGCAGUCGUUGCGAUAAAUGUGGCUGUCGUCGUGAUAAUAUUGGUUUUAAUUUUAUGUCUCAUUGAGAUUUAUUCUUGUAGAGCAAGACAGAGUAAAGAUGGAAGAUCCAGGGAGCCCAGGGAAGUCAUGAAGACAGCAGCACGGACUCCUGAGGAGAAAGCAGCCAAGGAGACCAAGACAGCCAAGGAGACCAAGACAGCCAAGACUCCCAAGACCCAGGGAGCACAGGGGACACAGGCACCACAGCGCCCCCCACCACCAAUUGUCCCCCUGGCACGACAGACCAGCGAGCCUCCACAUGGCUCCCUAGAACCACAGAACGCAGAGUCACCACACUCCAUCGGGUCUUCACAGCCCGUCGCAGCACGACAGUCCGUCAAGACUCUGCAGACCCCUCAUGUGCAGCAGAUCUUCAGAUCCCAGGAGAUCCUGUCAUCCCCGGAGAUUUCAGAUCAAACGGAUGAGUAACAAAAGAAGUCAUCACAGGCAGCCGUGGUGUUAGAGGCCCUACAGUGAACACCUCCUGCUUCAUACCACCUGGACAUUUUAUUGUCUGAAGAGCCUCUUGGCAGUUGCUGUAAAAUUCUUCUUUUUCGUAUGUUAAAUACAUACAUGCAUA